AUGCUCAAUUUGUUUCUUCUAUUUAUUACUUUUUCAUUAUCAAAACAAUGUAAUGAAUACAAUCAAGGAUAUGAAAUAGAUACAGUAGAUAGUGCAUUUGAAUGUAUUGAAUCAAUUGAAACAACAGAAGAAGAAAAUAAUGAUAUUAUCACAGGAUUAAAAUAUUAUUUAGAAGCAUAUGUAUUUAAAGAUAUAUUAAAGAAUCCACCACAACCAUCAUUUUCAAAUAAUUAUUAUGAAAAAGUGGAUAUUGAUGAACAACUAAAUAAAAUAAAUACAAAAACAACAAGUAUGUAUGAUUUCUAUUCUCAAAUUAAAAAUCUUAUUAUUUCAACAAGAGAUUCUCAUUUGGCUUUUAAUGUAGAUAAAGAUCUGAAUAAACCAAAUUCAGAAUUAGUUUAUUUCUAUUAUUUCCUUCCAUUUAAAAUAUAUAUUGAUAAUAAUAAGAAAAUGUAUUUAAUUCCUAGAAAUGAAGUUCUUGAUAUUCCUAUUGAUGUUCCAGAAGAAAUAGUUAAUAAUGAAAAAGUAGCAGUUAAAACAAUAAAUGGAGAAGAUCCAUUUAAUAUUAUUCGUGAAUUUGGAAAGAAAUAUAUGGGAUUAAAAUGUCCACAUGCACAAUUUACAUUAGCAAAAGAUUAUUUAGUUAAAGGAUAUUUAGGUUUUACUCCAUUAUCAAAAGAAUAUUUAAACACACCAAUAAGUAUUACAUGGGAAAAUGGAGAAAGUCUAACAAUUAAUUAUAAGAUAAUUAAAUUUAACAGAUCAAAUCAGAAAUUCCAACAAGCACUUGAAAGAAGUAAGAGAAGAGGAAUAAGAGAUCGAUUAAAAAUAGAAGAUUUCGAAGAAACAAAUAAAACAAGAACAAAAGAAAAUGAAAAUAAUGAAUAUCAACCAAAUUGUUCACCUGAAAAUAAAAUAUGUUGUUUAACAACAAGCAAUAAAGUAAACACAUUCAUUGUAAAUACUUUUGAUGUUAAAAAUGAAAAUGAACAAACUGAAUUUACAGCUAAAUUGUUCGAAUGUGUUAAUUCAUUUGAUUCUAAUAAUUAUCCAAUUCAAGUAAUAUUUCCAAAGAAUAAUGGAGGUUUAGUAGUACCACUUGCACAGUUAGUUGAGAAAAUUAUAUCACCAUAUGAUGACGUAGACUUUAUUGGUUCAGUAAGAAUAUCAGAUUUCACAGAAGACAUAAUGAAAGUAGACUAUAGCACAAUUAUGUACAACCCAGAAACAUGUGAAGUAAGAGAGAAGGAGAAUAACCCCAAAAUACUUGGAGAAUGGUAUACAAAACCAAAUAUUAUUAAAUAUGGUGGUGUUGAACAUAAAGUUUCACAGCCAUCAACUUUGAACUUACCACCACUUAUGAAAUUUAUCAUAAAUGAUCUUUACUCUAGUUACAAUCCAAGAAAACCAACAGAAGUAGUAGUUUAUACAGAUUCAUUUUGUUAUUCUGCUUGUUCAUGGGUAACAAAAGGAUUAAAAGAAUGGGGAGGAGCUAUUAUUGUUGGAUUUGAUGGUGAUCCUAAUGGUAAAGAUGAUGAAUUUGAAGUAGGGUUAUCACCAUCAUCUAACAUCCAAACAGUAUCAAAGUAUGACGAUAAAAAUCCAUUUACACAAUAUGGAUAUAAAUUUGGAUUAACAGUUAUAGAAACAUAUAGAUAUAAUUAUGAAUAUAAUGAAAGUAUUCCUAGAGAAUUUUUAACUGAUAUGAUAGAUGAAAGAGUGAAUAUAUAUCAAUUUGAUCAAACAGAAAAAGUGAUUAAAGAGUUUGAAGAAGAAACAAAGAAGAUAAUAGAGAAAUAUCAAACAAAAUGUAAUCCAAAGAAUAAAAGAUUAGUUAAAAGAGAUGAAAAAUGUGAUAAAGAAAUUAAUAUAGAACAUGGACAUGGAGGAUAUGAAUGUGGAGAUAAUGGAGAAUGGAGUACAAAAUGUGUACUAGCUUAUUGUGAUGAUGGAUAUAAAUUUGAUUAUAUCAACAAUAAAUGUAUUGAAGAUGUUUGUGUUAAUCCACCAACAGAAUCAGAAUCAGAUAAUGGAACACCAAACAUGACAGUAAACCUAGUCAUGAUAAUAAUUGGAAUAAUCACAUUAAUUCUCUAA